AUGCUGCUUGCCUUCCCCUGCUCUCCGCUCCUCGUCUUCCCCGUCGUCCCUCUCAGUAACUGUCAGAUGCCCCCGUCUCGGCGUGCUCUGACAAGAAUGAAAAGAGCGAUCUUCCCGCUGCUGGGCGCCGUGUCAGGAUUGACACCUCGGACGUGCUUGACGCUGCGCGAGGUGCCUGGCUCCAGCAGCAUGCAGAAGAAAUUUACAUGUCACCUGUGUGACAGGAGCUUCACGGAGAAGUGGGCGCUGAAGAACCACAUGAAGCUGCACACAGGAGAGAAGCCCUUCAAGUGCACCUGGCCCACCUGCCAUUACUCUUUCCUCACGGCCUCUGCCAUGAAGGACCACUUUAGGACUCACACAGGCGAGAAGUCGUUCCUCUGUGACCUUUGUGGCUUUGCCGGCGGGACACGUCAUGCCCUCACCAAGCAUCGGCGGCAGCACACAGGAGAGAAACCAUUCAAAUGUGAUGAGUGUAACUUUGCUUCCACGACACAAUCGCAUCUGACACGACAUAAGCGUGUCCAUACUGGAGAAAAGCCGUACAGAUGUCCCUGGUGUGACUACAGGUCUAACUGUGCAGAAAAUAUCCGUAAACACAUCUUACAUACAGGAAAGCAUGAAGGAGUAAAAAUGUAUAACUGUCCUAAAUGUGACUAUGGAACCAAUAUCCCUGUGGAGUUUCGUAACCACUUGAAAGAACUACACCCAGACAUUGAAAAUCCUGAUCUGGCAUACUUGCAUGCUG